AUGGGACAUUAUCACCACAAAGAAAAGCUCCCCAGCCUAAUUGACUCCACCUUGGCAUCGUUAGACGCGGGCGACACUAACGCAGCCAAAGAGGCCCUCAAACAAGCCAGCACAGAAAUCAAACAGCGGCAGAAGCUGAUCAAGUUGGCCGAUCAUUCCUCCCAAGGCUGGGCCACGGUUAAAGAAUACGUCACUGACAAUAUAGCCGAUGACUCAAAUGAUGAGAAACGACUCAGAACGGCGGAGAAAAUGGUGACCAGCAAGAAGGCAGAAGCCGCUAAGAAGUCCAAGACCAAGACUCGCAAUGCUGUACGUCCUUACCCUGCUGCGAGUUCUUUUCGUCCCUACAGCGGGUACACCUAUCAUCAAGAUUUCCGGUCCUGUUCCUGUCCUUACUUUAAAGUACACGGUACCUGGUCCCCAGUAGAGCAACAAAAAAGUUCCACUUGGCGCGAACUAGCCGCAGUAUUCAAAAGAAUUCUCUCUGACAAGCGCUGGGCGUACAGAGGGAGCUACACCGGCACUUUAGUCGUACCACACUGGCCCACGUCUUCCUUUUGGCCAAUCAUUUGCCCAGAUGGCAUACAUUUCCAUAAUAUUUGGAACAGAAUUUCUCAGGGUAUUGACGACCCGGAAAUGCAACUAUUGGCCAGACAUCCUAUACCUUCCCUACUCCUCUCGGCGAAAGCCCCAUCCACCACCAAAGUCUACAGUUCAGCCUGGUAA